CUUCAAGUUCGUAUCAAAGAGGUUCAACUGUAGAAUGAUCACGUGAUUCUUGUGAACAUUUCAAGAGUCAAUGCAUAAUACUACCCGAAAUUUGAAUUUCCGGUAGACAAUGAAAGAAGUUAGAACACCGAUAUGUAAAUGAACGCAAUGACACGGGAUUUACGAAGUUUGAGAGGGAUUCCACGAAACCUAAAUAAAUACGCAAUGAAUACCUCAAUAAUCAACAAGGCACGCAUUAAAUUUUCAUGACCGGAAUGGUAAAAUCGCGAUUUUCGUCCGGUUCGACCUGAAUCGGAAGACACGGAAACCCGUAGGGAAGAUAAUCCGUUAAUGAUCCACUUCCAACUUUCACCAUUCUCAAAGAUGAUCAUCUCACGAUAGAAAACUAGAAGCGCCUCGGAGAGAACGAAACAAAUUUCUGCCGUCAUCAGUACAAGACGAAAUUUAUCUUUCACGCGACACGAUCGCGAUAAUCCACGCACUACUUCACUGCGACUGGAAGAAAAAAAUCUCACGCUCUUAGAAAAAAAUAAAUAAAUUGCGCAGUCCUUAUGCCAACCGAACUUCCACCGUUAUCGCAAAUUGGCACAGGACUCCGUUUGCCGAAGAUUUUCGCCCCUCUGCGCAGGAAAUCUACUCACAAGCCGAUAGCCAAGCAAGGAUCAGACGAGUUGCGACCGUUUCUCAUGCCUCAAGCAGGAAGUUUGCAUUCUAUCGAAAUUGAAGGGAACAGUCGAAACAAUACGCUGAAUUUUAGAAGGCGAAGCGACGAAAGCAGACGAUCGGCACUAACAUAUCCAGGAAUCAGACAGCAUUUAGAGUGUGGUAACACCAUGAGGGAUCGUUUGAACAAGGAGUUACAGUACGUGAAAGCUAGCCAAGAUCGACUCGAAGCAACUCAAGCAAAAAUGCUUCACGUUAUGAAAGCAAUGCAGAAGGAUCAACUGGAAUCGACGGAAAACAUGACCAACAUCAUCAACGAUUUCUCCAAACGCUGCGCCAAGGUUCACAAAACCAAUAUCGAUACUGGAUUUCAUCACGCAAAUUGAUUUAUACCGUACGCCACCUUAGGAGAUGUACUCACAUUUCGAAGGUUUGCUGCGCGACUUUAUGACCGUUCUUGGACGAUUCCAAUCAUCAUUCAAGCAACAAGCUUCAGCAGUGUCCAGUGGGAAUGAAAAGAGCAGACUUCUUGGCAUGAAGGUGGAACAAGCAUCAUCUCAAAUGCAGGCAUUAAAAGUGGACUUGGAUGGGAUUGCAGCCAUGUUGAUCGCAAUGGAGUCUCGAUUGGCAGCUACAUCUCAACUAAUGCUAGAGUCUGCAAUGGUAUUACCUCCGCAGAGUUUGUUUGGUCGUGAAAAAUUUGACGGAGACGAUUUGCUUAGCCUUGCUUCACUCAUGGACCAACUGAAAGCAUCAGGCGACAGUCAAUACGCCACAAAAUCCCUCCUUGACAGUAGCGAUUUCAAAAACUAUAAACCGAAACCUGCACCACGAAGUAAAAAGCCGAUUGUAGCUCAAGUUCCGGCAGUCACGAGUCGAACAGAAUCUUUCGAUGCUACUGAACAAGGGGAUCAGGUUCAUCCCACGACAACGAAACCCAUUUCUAAACGCUACAAGAUAUCUCCCACGAUAUGCGACGAUCAGAGGGACAAUGCGGAAAUCAUUCUAGGAUCAGGGGACCAUAAAAUGAGAUUAUCCAAGGCGAUCCCCGUGAAUCAUCAAUUAAGCCGAAAAUCGUCCUUCUAUGGUCCUAGAGACAAUUUAAUUACGAAUCAGAGGCAACUGCAAAACCUGAAGGCUUCACCAUUGAAUGAAGCUUGUCCUUCACCAAGACAUAGACAUUCCAGCGAAACCGAUGCUUCAAUCAGCUUUGCAGAGAACGAUUCCGAACAUCUUCUCAGCGACGCGGUCUCUUCGCUUCCGACGGAUACGGCGGACUACUGCACGGGUUCUUUCGGCCGUUCACAACAUUUUGGAAAUCCACUUUCAUACUCACCACCAGGAAAAGUCUCGACAAAACUGCGAAAAUUGGUCCCAGUAUCUCGACGUCUGUGUCAAAACCAACUCGACCAAUCGGAAAUAUCGACAGAAACACAAACAAUGGACGACUCCAUGAAGAUUGAAGUCGGACCAUCACUCGGGAAACUGAGAAGGAAAUCCCAGUAAUAGGGAAGAAAUACGAAUAGGAUAAAAUUCGAGAGACAAUUUCUGCACAGCUACUCAACGUAGAUUUCCGAAAGUACUCUACUCAUCAAAUUUAUGUUUCUGAAAAAAAUGAGGAAGUGAAUAUGAUAUUCCUUUUACUAAAUAAGACACCAAGAAACUUGAACGACUAUUCAACAUGAAGAACUCCUCAAUCACACAUACAGCAUGCGUAGAUCAAAAAGUUGGUGAGUCUCUCGAAAACACUACUACGAAUACAAAAUUCUCUGUCGGAACCAC